AUGGAUUCUAUGCCAGCCUCGCUUCAUGGCAAGACACGCGAGAAGGAUCCUGUCGUUUUAGUGUUCAACAACGAAAUAAAGGAGUUUAAAGUCUUUAUGAAGAAGAUUGUUGCUUCCCCAAACCUCGACCAGUCCUUUGCAAAAGGGUCAAAAAUGUUGUUUGAAAUAUGGAAUAAGUACAAAGCCCGAUUGCCAGUCUUCUAUUUUGAAGAGCACUUGCUGCAGACUGCGGAUUUUCUCUCCGACAUCAAGCUAUACAGACUGGCCAUCCAGCAGGGCUACGGACGCUACCUGCAGCAGUUCGGUUCCGCAGGCGUAGAGGAGAUCAGGGAUGUGCAGCACUUCAACAGCACCUUCUUUCCCCAGGGCUUUGGGACUGAAACAACAACACUGACGCUCCGUGCUCUGCAGGGUCUCAGCCUGUGCUCCUUCCUGCUGGAGAGGGGCAGGGGGGACCAGUGGGAGGAGAGCCGAGUGCAGAGGCUGCAGCACAUCCUCAGCUUCCUGCGCAUCAUGAUGCAGGCGCUGCUGCCCCACGAGAGCCUGUGCUGGAUACUCUACAAUGGCUCAUUGCAGAUCUACAACAUCUGCAGAUUUCUGAUGUCCCUGAAUAUGUGCUCACAGGCCGUGGAAUAUCUAGUGUGGGCCUGCGUGUGUUUGGAGACCUCCGUGCCGCUAAUGAACGUGAGCUUCCUGACCUGGAGGACCACACUGUACUGCGCUGCCUGCCAGUGCUACUACAGCUGCCAGGCUGGCGUGCAGGCUGAGGUGUUCGCACGGAGAGCGCUGGGCAAAGUCAGCGAGCUGGCCAAGCUGCAGGAAAUGUGCAGUCCCCCCACGUCCCCUCACACUCAGCAGGCCUUCAAAGAGGCAACGAUUAAGCUGGCCGUGAUGGUGUUUAAGAGGUCCGUGUACGAGCCCCGGAGGAGACCCAAAGGCCUGUUCAGACCCAGGCUGAGGAGCAACCUCAAAGAGGCUAAGACGAUGCCCUGGCCCCGCUCCCCUACUGAGCGUGCUCUGAUGGGGCUGUUCGAGGGCGGGGCCGCCCGCUUCCUGGCCCUGACGGAGGCCCUGUGGGACAGCUCGCGCCGGCCCCUGCAGACCGGGGCCCUCGAGGAGCCAGAACUACAGGAAGUGGCCCUAGAGCUCCUCUCCGCAGGCAUCAGCAUCCUGGCAGGAGCUGCAGGCUCUGGGGAGGUGAAAAAUGAACAGAACCUUCCUGCACACAUCAGUGGUAUCGCGCCACACUCCUCCUCGCUCCUGGAUUUAGCCAAGGCUGGGGAUAACCGGGUGUCGUUGGAGGCUGCGGUGAAGUUCGCGAAACUGCUGUACCAGUACGAGCAGUGGGACGCCUUCUCUCGCCUCUCCAGCGCCCUCCUCGCACUGCUGCAGGACCUGGAGGAGGAGCCGUGCCAGCGGGCGGUGCUGGACCUCACGCUGCUCAUGGCCACGGAGCCCCUGGUUGGCCCACAGAGGCUCAGAUACACGCCCAGAGACAGCAGCGUCGACGGGGGGCGUGAGAGAGAGCGGCAGCAGGUGAUGAUGUCAGUGUCCGAGGAGAUGCUGGCUCUGGUGGAGACACUGCACAGCGCCGUGUGUGGCUCAGCCCAGGCCGUGCGGCCGGACGCAGACCUGGCGCUGGACGUUGUGCAGCUCCUGUGGCUCAGGUGCCGGGCGGUGUUCCAGAGAGCGCAGGCGGGGCACUGGGACCCCUCCCGCGGACAGGACAGACUGGAGAACCGCGCCAAGUGGGUGCAGGUUCUGAGCGCGCUCAGUGAGGUGGCCCACGCGUGUGAGCUGGGCCUGACGGACCCCGUGGCCGUGGCUGAAAUGACCCUGCGUCUGUCGGCCAUUUUGGAGAGCGGAGCAGACUGCACAGUCAAGUCUGGGAGGAAGACAGCCUGCUCUGUUGAUACCAGCCUGGCUUCAGCCUCAGCCUCCAGCUUCCUGCAGUCUGACGUCCCGGCUGUGUUUAAGAGGCCCAGGGCGGAGCAGCUGCAGGCGGUGUGGGAGGUGGUGGAGAGGGCCGUGGAGGGCGUGUCUCGCGGUCGGGCUCAGCUCCUCCCCCGUGACACCGCCGCCUUCUGUGACUCCGCCCACCUGCAGUCAGGAGGGGAGGAGCCAGAGGGCGUGGCAGGAGGAAGGCAGAAGCCUCAGGACACCUCGUUAAUCGCGGACCUUCACCUGGAGCUUCUGGCAGUCCAACACAGAGUCUCCCUCAAGCUUCAGGACGCCUGCCCGGACGGCUCUCUGCCCGAUCGGACCGGGAGGAACGGGAUCUCCAGGGCCCUGCUCCUCAUGCAGAAGGCCCUGCUCACCCAGGAGAAGGACCGCAGCAGCCCGGCCCCCAAGGACCUACUGGAGGAGGCCGCCCGCCUGGUGGAGAAAGCACAAGAGGAGGAGAGAAGGCUGGCCAAUGGCAGGGCCAGGAGGAGUGAGACGGACAGCGUGCCCCCGCCCCCCGUCCUGCUGUCCCGCACACACCAGGCCAUGAGCUUCACCCCUGCGCCCUACUCCCCAGACCAGCAGGUGUGCUGGUACACCCUCUAUGGGCGAGAGGCCACAGGGAUCAGCCCAAAGGCACGCCUGGGAGACUGCCAUCUACUGGGCACCGGAGAGCCGGUUUCUGCCUCAGGACUGUGUGUGCUGCGGGCGGAGGGGCUGGAGCCCCACAGGAAGUACGUCUUCGCCGUUGCCGCGUUCGAUGCCCAGGGGAAGCUGGUGGGUGGGACCGUGGGAGAGAGCGCGGGACCCCUGCUGGCCUCCCUGCCCCUCCCCCUGCCCACUGUCUGGGCGCACCUGGCACAGGCGUCCUAUCGGACCAGGCACUAUGCUCUGGCCAAGAAGGCGUGCGGCAAGCUCUGGAACUACAUUACCCAGGCUCCCCUGCCUGAAUCCAGGGAAAGCUGCAGCACAGAGGGGCUCGCAAAGACCAGGCUGCAGGAGGAGUCCCUUAGCCGCGCCUCCCCGAUCCUACAGCACCUCCUCCUCACCUCCAUCUUCAUCGAGACGGACAUCCGCGUCCAGGAGGGGGCGCUGUACUGUGAUGCUCUCAGCGACAGGGGCUCUCUCAAAUGGGGACAGGAAGCUCGGCUGGCGGAGUGUGAGCGCAUGCUGGUGGCGGUGGACCUGGCCCUGCGGGUCAGUGAGGAGAGCGCCGCCCUGCAGGCCGUGGUGCGAUGCUACGGGCUGCUGUCACCGCUCAUCUUCCACCAGCUCCCCUCGGAGAGCGCCGUGCAGGUGCUGUUGAAGUGCCUGGCUGUGCUGCUGGAGAUCCCUGGAGCUCUCAGACACAAGCGCCCCACGUCUACAGCAGAGCCAGUUCUGCACAUGCUGGCCUGCAUCAGCUUCUACCUGGCUAAGGUUCUGCGUACCCGUGGUCAGCCCCUCCUGGCCUCAGCAGUGAUCGAUCAGGGGAAGAGGCUCCUCUAUGAGGUCACUGAGGGUGUGGCCACUCAGGCAGGGGCGAGCAAGCCCCUCCCAGCUGGACAGGAAGUGGCCCUGAGGGAGAGGCCUGAGCAGAGCACAGGCUGGGGCUCAGAGGAGCUGGAGCCCAGUGUGCAGCUCAAAGCCCUGGAGGCCAGCGCCCUGAAGAGUGCCCCGCCAGCCACGGCCCAGCACCAGGGCACGGGGGGACAGGACCUGACGGGACAGGAGGACUUCAUCCUGGUCUACAGCCUGGUCAUGAGCCGCCCUCUCCAGACCGCCUUCAAAGACGUGAUGAAGAUGAAGAGGAGGGCUUGCUUCCUGGAGCUGGCUGUGCCUGUCCUGCAGAGGGCGCUGAGGAACGACCAGCCGGAGCACGUCCUGGAGUGGGGACCCACCAUCCUGAGCUGGCUCUGCAGACGGGACGAGGGUCUGACGGGGAGGAAGAAGACCUCCGCAACGGAGCGGAUCGAACGGGGCGGGGCUGAGGACGAAUCCAAGAAGUACACGUCCUCCGUCAUCGAGUUCAACAAGAAGGGGAAGACGGCCACCACCGCGGACAGGAAGAAGAAGAGCAGAGACCAGAGGAAGCAGCAGGGCCUCCUGAAGGCAGAGCUCACCGAGAGGGAGUUCGAGGCGAUGGACGCCCUGCUGAGCCUCCUGCCCCCCCUCCUCCGGCGGGGCCAGCGUCGGAGCCGCCUGCGGCGUGUCUGCUCCGAGGAGUGGCCCGGCCGUUGCCACGUCAACCUCGGCGUGGCCGUGAGUCACAUGACCCUGCUGUGCCGCAGUCUGGAGCAGAGGCUGCCCCCCGCUGUUCAGCACAGGUACAGUCGGCUGGACCCCUCCCUGUUCUCCCUGGCUGACUGUGGCGUGGUGCUGUCCCGGGGCAGUGCACCCCAGUGCUCAGGGGCCCCCCAGCCCCCGCCCCCCUCCCUCAAACCCUCGCUGGGAGCACAACCACCGCAGGAGGGGGAGAAGGUGAAAAAUAAGAGGGAGGAGUCUAGCCCGAGAGAGAGUGAGGAGGAGAGUGACGUAGACACGCCCCGCACGCAGUUCACCAAUGAGCACGUCCCCAGUGGGCCGUCUCUUCUGUGUGCCACGCCCACCGCUGCCAGCCCCUCCGAGUUCCUACAAACCCUGGACAAGGCGGUGCUGCACUUUAGGAGAGCCAUGGUGCUGGCCCAUCGUGGGGGUCUCUGGACUUCUCUGCAGUGGGUGUGUCGUGUGCUGUGGGACCACGCCUCUGCAGUCACGCCAAUGGUGGAGGACGGCCACGCCCCCCUGUCCCCUGAGCAGCUGGACUCCACCCUCACCCCUCUGAUCGCCCUGGCAACAGACCUGCUGAUGGACAUGAUGCAGAGACUGCAGAUGUGGAAGCAGUUUGAGAGCGGAGGGGAGGGGGCGGGGCCGGAGGCGGUGGGCGGGGACCUGGCCUGGCUGUGCCCUUUGACCCUGCGGGGCCUGGAGCUGCUCGCCCGGCGGGAGAAGUGGGAGUCCCUGGCACACCUGUCACUGCGGGUCAACCGCCUCACACGGGAGCGCUACGCUCACACAGUGACCCCGCUGCUGCUGCUGGCACAGAGGAGGCUCCGAGAGAGGAUCGUCCGUUUGGGGGGGCCCCCCGUCCCACAGCCACACUUCACCCAGGCGGAGGCCGUGGCCGGGGAGAAGGUCACCUGCAGGAACUACGGUGAUGUACAGCUCCUACUGACCAGGGGGAACCCCAAAAUGGCUGCCGAGACAGAGGCCCAGAGGGCUCUGGUCCUGGUGUCAGUACCCCUGGAUGUGUCGGACACACUGCGCAGUUUCCGGGAGGCUCUGGAGACCAGACCCUACGUCCUACAGACCUUCCAGCACAGCAAGACCCUGCUGCUCCUGCUGCUGGCCAACACACAGUCCUAUUUUGAGGUUCCAGAUGGAGUCCAGGACAGGGUAGGGUUUAGGGUGCCAGCCAAUGCCCCCCCCGACCUCUCCAAUGAGGACUUCAGCAGCAUGGACUCCAUCUACCACAGCACCCUGCCCCCGUCCCAGCUCCACACUGUCAUGUCCUCCUACACCAGCUCCAUCGAGUAUCUGGAGGCGAAUAAGCAGAAUGCUCUGAGAGUCCGGGCCCUGCAUGAGUUGGGGAACCUGCUCUACUACAGCGGGAAUAAACGGGCAGCGCACACACACUGGAGCAAGGCGCUGGACUGUGCCCUGCAGAGCUCCGGGGUGCUGGGGUCCUGGGACGGGGAGUCGUGGGGCAGCAGCGCCCCCGCAGAGGUGCUGCGUCAGGUGGGGGUCUGGGGCUGCCUGCAGGGGGCCGUGCUCUCCGCCAAAAUCGCACAGUUUGUCCUGACCUCUGACCUCAGCCAGCGCACCCACUGCAGUCUCCUCUCUGCCCUGCUCUUCAAGUCGCUGCUGACAGCCUCCCUGCCCCACCCAGUGGCAGACUGGCGGUACUGCACCUAUGAGCUGGGCGCUGACCUGCUCCCUGGCCUGGACCUCUUCUCCAGUCCGGCCUGGGUCCACGCCGGCACCACCGUGUCCAGCCUGGGCUUUCUGUGUCACUGGCUCUACAGCUCCGGCCACUACCUGAAGGUCCUGCCCUUGCUGUCGCUGUAUCUCUACUGUGUGGGGACUGUGUGUCGAGACCCAAACCGUACUGCUGAGGGCCGAAUCCUCAGAGUUCAGGCACUCACAGAGCUGGGGUUCUUUGGAGACUCUCUGCGGGAGCUGGCGUCUCUGACACAGGGAGGGAGAACCCCUGAGCCCCACGGAACCUCCCGCAGCACAGACACCACGGUAACACAGCGGCCAAUCACAGCCCUCAGCGUGUUUGACACCAGCAAGCCCCUCCUAGACCCAUCCAACCUCCAGGCCGUGGAGGAGCUGGUGAAGGCGGCUCAGGGCUCUGAGCUGGAUGCGCUCUACCGCCCCCUGCUGGUCUGGAGGCUGAAGCUGGCCAGAGCCCAGCUCAUACUGGCCCUGUGCCGAACCAUCCUCCACCCCCCAGAGCCACUGCAACCAGGUGAUUCAGAGGGGCCGGCCCAGGAGCCCCGCGGUGACCCCGGCUCCCCCGCAGCGGAGAACGAGGGCCGCCCCCCGAACAGCGAACCCCAACCCCCUCCUGUCUCCUCCCAGGAGCCCCCGCCUGACCCCACGAGGGGAGGCCUGACCCUCCCCAAACUCAAGGCCUGGCUGCUGGAAGAGGCUGCUCGUAUGCUGACCUCCUGUCUGGAAAGUGUGCAGACAGCAGGGGGCGCUGUGGAGGAGCUGGAGCUGGCUGUGGAGACCAGGCUGCUGCUCUCUGCUGUGUCCCUGGAGCAGGGCAGGGCUGCCCGCAGUGCAGACCUGGCAGUAUCCGCCCUGCGGCUUCUCCAGGAUGCCCACACGCAGGACGACAAACCCCGGCCCGCUGAUGGGCAGACCACAGCCACAACGGCACAGGAGGCAGACCCCAGUGAUGUUCCCCAGGCUGUGGAGGCCAGAGAGAGGCUGAGCCAGGGCCUCUGGCUGCGUUGCCGCCUGGCUCUGCUCAGGGCCCGGGUGGCUCUCAUCCCUGGGACAGCCAUCCACCCAGGUGUGGACAGCAGUGCUGAGGCUGCCAGGCUGCUGGCUGAGGGGCUACAAGAGGCUGCGGAUUGGGGAGACCCUGACACCCGCGCCCUGCUGCUCCACCAGGGGGCGCUACUGCACACACACCAAGGGAAACCCAGAGGGGACAGCACCGCACUGCUACAGGAGGUGGUGGGCCUGCUGUCUGGAUCCCCCUCCAUGUCCCCCCGCUCCUCCCUCACCGUGGCAACCAGCGCACUGCUGCUGAGUGACCUGAGGAGAUCUGGCAACCACAGCCCCCUGCUCCUCACCCAGGAGCUGCUUCAACAGCAGCUGUGGGACCUGGGAGAGAGUGUGCGGAUCGGGGAGGACUGUGGAGUGCUCCUGACCGCCUCGCCAGGCCUAAAGAACAUCUACCUGCCACAGCUCCCCCUGUUGGCCAGGGUGACCAUGCGCUUGGGCCAGCAGGUGGCGCUGCAAGCCAUGGCUCACGCGGGCUCAGACUGCAGCCAGUGGCUCUGCGCCCAGCAGGUACUAGAGUCGGCUCUGCAGGUUGCCAGGGCGAUGGCAGCCAAGGACUUGGACCUGGAGACGGAUAUUCUUUACUGCAAGGGCCUGGUGGAGCGCUCUCUGGUUUCCCUGCGUCAGCUGAAGCCCCAGGACGCCUCACAGACCUUUCUACAGGCCGUUAGCCUCACUCCACCCUACAGCCACACUCUGCAGCUGAUGCGUAGCUGUUACCUGGAGAUGGCGAGCCUCCACUUGUUGCAGUGGGAGCAGAGCUCCAUCAGUGCCCAGCAGAGCCCCGCCCCUCCCCCAACACCCAAAGGGCAGAAGUCUGCAGUCGGGCAGAGGGGGCGGGUGACGCAGGACAGAGCUCCCACAGAGAGAGACCUGCAGCUGCUGCACUGCUGGGUCUGUGUGAGAGCUGCUCACCAGGUGAGCGUGGUGCUCUCUCAGCGCUCAAGUCUCUGCGGUGCCCCUGGCGGAGACCCCCUACGCCCCCCAGACCUGCGCUGCCUGCCCAGCCUCACCAGCGGGGACCUGCUCGCCUCCCAUGGGGGGGUGGAGUCAGUGAGACAUCUCUCUAGCUCCUCCCCACUGCCGGAGACGGCAGGCCCAGAGAGCUCCCAAAUCACCUGGGGUCAGCUGACCCGUUACCACGGACACAUCCUCAACCUGCACCGCAUUGCUACUCAGCCAGUGGCAGACGCUGUGGAGGGCCUGUGCUCUGUGGCCAUGGGGAACACUCUUGGUCUCAGACUGGCAGAGCUUCACACGCUGUUCAGCUCUCUGCUGCCCUCCUACAGGGGGCGCUGCUGUCCCCCCAAAAUCCCCACUGCCCUGCUGCAGCCGCCUGGCACACAGACCACAGUGAGUGAGGAGAACGUCCCGUGGGCCUGUGCUGACCAGCAGCAGCUGUGCCUGCAGUGGUACCGGCCCGCUCUGGACCCGUCUCAGGAGAACCAGGACACGGCUGUGCUGAUGUUCGCCUUUAACCAGGCGCCCCUCUCCGUGCUGAAGCCCACCCCUGUGGGCCUGUCCCAGCUGCGCUGCGGGAAACGGCAGCUCUCCCUGGAGAGGCUGAGAACAGUGCAGGCUGACCUGGGCUCUCUGUGUGCGGAGGCCAGCGUCUCCACCCCUCCCAGCUCCUCCAGAAAGCGCUCCAAAACCCCAGAAAAGGAGCCGCCCCUCCGCCCCCUCUUACAGGACAGGAUCAGGCAGUGCUGUGCUCACAUCAGGUCCCUGCUGCAGAUGGACAGGGCCGCGGCAGCCACCUCUGAGGUCCGCUUGGAGCCCAGCCUGCAGAACCUGCAUGACCUGGAGCACUGCUUCCACCCGGGGGGCGGAGCCUUGCUGUCAGGGGGAGCCGUCAUCCAAUGGCUGGCGUCCCUGCUGCUCUGAGCCAAUGACUGCGAUCCUCACAUCUGACUGACCUUUUUGGACCAAUGUUGCGUCCUAUCAGAACGCAGUGACAUCACUGUUGAAGAUGCUUGAAUAGGCCGCAUCCAGUCUCCAGACCUACUGGAUAUUCACUAACUUGUCCAAAACCUUUACUUCCUGUCACCUUAGAACCAAUAAAAACUAUAACCAAUAAGAGCUUAACACAAAGGUGAUAAAUAUUUUGAACACUUUUCCACUCGAGCUAGCCACACACAAUCUUACUUGCACUGAACAUGCUAGCUCAGAUGAAAACUGAUGAAAACUAUCAUGCUAAAUAAAAGUUAGUUACCUCA